AUGCCAAUUAAGCAGCACGGCCGCCAGUACGAUCUGGUCGUUUUCGGCGCAACGGGAUAUACCGGGGCCUUUGUAACGGAGCACAUCACGACGCAUCUGCCAUCCAAUUUGAAAUGGGCGGUUGCAGGCCGGUCGCAGUCCAAGCUUCGAGAUGUCGUUGCAGAGUGCAAGAAGCUGAAUCCUGAUAGAGUGCAGCCUGAAAUCGAGAUUUGCAGCCUCAACGAAGAAGACCUCGAGCGCCUCGUCAAGAAGACAUACAUUCUCAUCACCACAGUCGGGCCCUACGCUCAAUACGGCGAGUACGCUUUCCGCGCCUGCGCCGAGAAUGGCACGCAUUACAUGGACGUCACCGGCGAAACGCCCUGGACCGGCACGAUGAUCAACAAGUACGAGGGCGCGGCGCAAGAGACGGGCGCGAUGAUGUUCCCCCAGAUCGGCAUCGAGUCGGCGCCGCCAGACCUCGUCACCUGGUCCCUCGCCAAAGUCCUCCGCGAAAAGCUGCUGGCCAAGACGGGCGCGGUGACGGUCUCCAUUCACCAGCUGGAUUCAGCUCCGUCUGGCGGUACCCUGGCCACGGUUCUCGGCCUGUUCGAGUCAUUCUCCAUCGCGGAGGUGAGGGCGCAGCACAAGCCAUACGCUCUCUCCCCGGUCCCGAACCGCAACAAGGUUCGGUCGCAGACGUCCUUCCUGACCAGGCUGGUGGGACUGCGCGACGUGCCGAACCUGGGACUGAUGACCACGUCGGUCGCCGGCAUGACGGACACGCCCAUCGUGCAGAGGUCGUGGGGUCUCAUGGCGUCCGUGGCCUCGCGGGAGAAGCAGUUCUACGGGCCGAACUUUUCGUUCCACGAGUACAUGAGGGCGAAGAGUUACCUCCACGGUGUCGCCAUCCACUGGGCGCUGGCGUUCUUCGGCCUGCUCCUCGCGACGGUGGCUCCGUUCAGGAAGCUGGCCAGAAGGUUCGUCUACGAGCCCGGCCAGGGCCCCGACAAGGAGUUGGCGAAGAAGGACGAGAUCGAGUACCGUGGCAUUGCUUUUGCGGACCCGGAGUCGAAGGCUGCGGGCUCUCAGGCAUACUGCCGCGCCUGGUACACCGGCAGCAUGUAUUAUUUGACCGGUAUGCUGUUGGCCCAGGCCGCAUCAACGCUGCUGGAGGACGAUGUCGACUUGCCGGGUGGUGUCUUUACGGCCGCAUGCUUGGGUCAACCAUACAUUGAUCGAUUGCACGAUGUUGGCUUCAGAUUUGAGACGAAGAUCCUGGAGUAG